AUGAGGACUGGUCGUGUUGAUGGACAACAUCCUCCGCCACCACCUCCACCUAGUCACCAUGAUGGGAACGGAGGAGGAGGAACACAUAUUCCUGACCACGAUGGUCUGAGCCACAUGGAGGGUGUGAGUCACCUUACAGCCAAAUUUGCCCAUUUUUGUAUUGUUAUGCCUACACCUGCAUUCUUGACUUCUAAGUUUCGUAGGGGACUUAAUGGAGAAAUAGCAGAUCACAUUGCGAGUGUUGCCUCUAGAGAUUUUGGUACUUUGGUUCAACAGUGUAGCAAGAAGAGGAAGACUGGGGAACCAAAGGCGAAGGGAGCUAGUGGCUCCACUUCUUGGAGAGACAGGAAAUUCGAAGGAAAAGGCAAGGGAAAACAGUUUUUUGCCAGGCAGGCGCCGAACCAGUUCAAGAGGACCUCGACUCAGCAGGGGAGUGCAACUAGACCUUCCACUAUUCCCAGGUGUACUGGAUGUGGGAGAUCACAUGUUGGGCCGUGUUCCACCGGUCAGAUUAUUUGUUUCCAUUGUGGCAAGGAGGGCCACUAUGCCAGAGAUUGUCCUUCUUCAGCUGCCAGGGCUGCAGCAAUUCAAGCGGUUCCUUUGCAGAUGGUUUUUAUCCCACCUAUAGCGGCACCUGUCGUGCCACCAGCCACGGGUCGAGUUUACACCCUUGAUCGUCAGCAGUCGGACCGAGCUCUGAACGUUAUGAAAGGUACCGUUUCCAUUGGUAGUCGUGCCGAUGAUGUGUUAUUUGGUUCUGGGGUUACACACUCUUUCAUCGUGACCCCGAUUGCUGUAGGGCUUGAGUUGCCCUUUUCUGUGUUUUCUCCGCCUUUGCGGAUGACUACCGCCACUGAAGAAAAGUGUGAUACUUCCUCUGUACACCGUGAUCUAGUGUUUUAG